ACUGCUGCAGCCGCCGCUCCUGCCGCUGCCCAUGCCCAUGUAUGUGCGGUGGGGUCUGGCUGGCUGGGGCCGGGCGCUGCGGGUGACUGCGUACCAUUAAUAGCAACGAGGGAGGCCGCCGCGGGGCGCUUGCAAAGGAGGAGGCGGCAGCAGCAGCAGCAAUGCGCUCGGAGGAGAGUCCCGAGUCGGAGGGGCUGGAGAGGUUCCAGAGCCCCGGCAAAGGCAGGGGGCUGCGGGCCCUGCGCCGCUUCGCCGUGGGGGAGCAGCUCUUCUCCUGCCCGGCCUUCACCUGCGUGCUGACGGUCAACGAGAGAGGCAACCACUGCGAGUGUUGCUUCGCCAGGAAAGAAGGUUUGUCCAAGUGUGGAAGAUGCAAGCAGGCUUUUUACUGCAAUGUUGAGUGCCAGAAACGGGACUGGCCACUGCACAAGCUGGAAUGUUCUGCCAUGUGUGUGUUUGGGCAGAACUGGAAUCCCUCGGAGACUGUGAGACUCACUGCGAGGAUCCUUGCCAAACAGAAAAUGCACCCUGAAAGGACUGAAUCAGAAAAACUCCUUUCUGUACAAGAGUUUGAAUCCCAUCUUGACAAGCUUGACAAUGAAAAGAAGGAGCUGAUUCAGAACGACAUCUCUGCUCUCCAUCACUUUUAUUCGAAGCACAUGGAAUACCCUGACAAUGCCGCUCUUGAGGUCCUCUUUGGCCAAGUUAACUGUAAUGGCUUCACAAUUGAAGAUGAAGAACUUUCACACUUGGGGUCAGCAAUAUUCCCUGAUGUGGCACUCAUGAACCAUAGUUGUUGCCCCAAUGUGAUUGUUACCUACAAGGGGACCGUGGCUGAAGUCAGAGCUGUGCAGGAGAUUGAGCCUGGAGAUGAGAUUUUUACCAGUUACAUUGACCUAUUGUAUCCUACAGAGGAUAGGAAUGAUCGAUUAAAAGAUUCCUAUUUCUUUACCUGUGAUUGCAGAGAGUGCAUCACUAAAGAAAAGGAUAAAGAUAAACUGGAAAUUCGCAAGCUGAAUGAGUCUCCAUCAGCAGAAGCAGUGAGAGAUAUGAUCAAAUAUGCCAGAAAUGUGAUUGAGGAAUUCAGGAGGGCCAAACAUUACAAAUCCCCGAGUGAACUGCUGCAGAUUUGUGAGCUGAGUCUGGACAAGAUGGGCGCUGUGUUUGCAGAGAGCAAUGUUUACAUGUUACACAUGAUGUAUCAGGCCAUGGGAGUCUGUCUGUACAUGCAGGACUGGGAGGGUGCCUUGCGCUAUGGACAGAAGAUUAUCAAACCAUACAGUAAACAUUACCCUUUAUAUUCCCUCAAUGUGGCCUCCAUGUGGCUGAAACUGGGGAGACUUUACAUGGGCCUGGAGAACAGAGUUGCUGGUGUGCGGGCUCUUAAGAAGGCAAUCGCUAUCAUGGAGAUAGCACAUGGGAAAGAUCAUCCAUACGUUACAGAGAUCAAAAAGGAAUUAGAGGCCCACUGAGUCUUUGAAUCUAUGCAAUCCUUCAACCUUUCUUUAAAAGCCUUGCUAUGGAAACUUCAGGAGGACUUUGAAAAUUGACAUGGGAUGAAAGCUUUUCUGUAAAAUAAUUGGAAUGACAAACAUGGGGUGCUCUUGGGCCUUGCCUCUUGCAUUCUCUGAGGUUUAUGUGAAAAAUCUUGAGCCUUGAUGAAUUUAAUUUUUGAAUGCUUUUUUCCCCCUAAGGAAAUGCCAUGGUUUCAUACAGUCAAUGCCUUUGAUUGAUCAGAGAUGACCAAUUCUUUUAUCUACAGAUUUUAAUGUAUUAUGUACCUUAGCCAUGCAAAGCAAUUCAUUAAAUUGGGACAACCUG